UUUUAUUCUCUCUGUUUUUGCUCUGUUUUCUUCAAUCCCCUUCGCUCACAAAGAUCUCCCAAUGGCCAACACCGAAGCUAAGUUCCAACAAAACCCACCUCAGAAAACUCAAAACCUCUUUUUUGGAGCCCAAAUUUGCCUGAGAAUUCUGGCCGUCGCGUCGACAUUGGCCGCGACAUGGAUCAUCCUCACCAGCAAGCAAUCCAUUGAGAUCAUUGGCAUAACCUUCGAAGCUCGUUAUAGCUAUUCCCCUGCCUUCAAGUUCUUUGCUUUGGCAAAUGCCCUCGCUUGCGCCCUCUCUGCCACGACUCUGUUCCUAGUCUUCUUUUUCCGUCGCAUUUUCUUGAACCCGGCUAACUAUUUCAUCCUGUUCUUACAUGAUUUGUCGUUGUUGUCAUUGGUGCUAUCUGGAUGCGCGGCGGCGACGGCUGUAGGGUACGUCGGGCAGUACGGGAACAGCCACGCCGGCUGGUCUCGGAUUUGCGAUCACUUUGAGAAAUACUGCAAGAGAGUCACAACUUCUGCGGCCUUCUCUUACUUGGCCGUUCUGUUUUUCCUUGUGCUCACCAUCUUGUCUGCAAGCAAGUCCAGACAAAUUCAAGUCUAGCCAAGACAAGUGUUACUUCUCAACGUUUCUAUUCACAUGCUUUGGAAGAAAAAGAGGAUGAUAAAGAGUGUUGUAUUGACAUUUGCCCUUACCUUGCUAAUGAAAUGCAUUCAUCUUUUCUUUUA